GGGAUCGGCACCGUGGCGUGGUGAUACAAGGAAGCGAACUCCAGCAGGACAACAACCGUAUCGAAGUGCAGGAGUGUGUGUGAGAGAGAGAAUAGUUCGAAGACUACAUUAAAUGGGGACGCGAAAUGGCAUCUUCAACCAACGAGAGGAGGGCAUUUGCUCACAAAAUUAAUCGGACGGUGGCUGCAGAGGUCAGGAAGCAGGUAUCCAGAGAGUACGGCUCCCCUCAGCUGUCCAAGAAACGAGGAGCACACCAACCUGUGCCGCUGACAGAGGUGGUGGAGCCUGUGGACUAUGAGGAUUAUGUGAGUAGCCACGCCCCUGGGGCGGAGCCUUGCCCCCUCAGACAGCUGAUGGAGUUCCCCCCAGACGACCUGGAGCUCCUCCUGCAGGACAGAGAGUGUACUACACUGGAGCCCCCUCUGCCCGAGGAGGACACAUUUGACCCAAGAGUGAGAGAUGCCUUGGCUGUCUACACAGAUGACUGGUUGAUCAUUCAGAGGAAGUAUCAGCGUUACAGUACAACCCACACCCCCCACAACUCUGAGCGCCAGAGGGAGAGGCAGCGGGGGCUGGUUAAGCAGACCUUUGAACUGGACGAGGCUGCGGCCACUGACCGCCAGGAUGACCAGGACGAUGCUAAGCGGCGGUCAGUCUCUCUGGAUGACACGCCCCGGGGCAGCUGGGCCUCCAGUAUUUUUGACCUGAAGAACUCGUCGCCGGACGCCCUGCUGCCCUCGGUGCUAGAGCGCACAGCUGCAGAGGACAUGGACCGCCGCAACGCUGAGGCCCGCCUGCAGGGGCGCCACUCUGACCUGCUGGGGCUCUUCCCUCCUCCCGACGAGGAUGAGGCUGUGGAGAGAUGUUCUGUCCCAGAGGUCCCCAAAGAACACUGUGGUCAGAGGAUCAUGGUCAAGUGUCUGUCCCUCAAAUUUGAAAUAGAAAUUGAGCCAAUAUUUGGGACUCUCGCUCUCUAUGAUGUCAAGGAAAAGAAAAAGAUCUCAGAGGACUUCCACUUUGACCUGAACUCAGAUCAGAUGAAGGGUUUGUUGCGUCUCCACACACCCCAGACAGCCAUCUCCACCCUGGCCCGCUCAGCCAUCUUCUCCAUCACCUACCCCUCUGCAGACAUCUUCCUGGUCAUCAAGCUGGAGAAAGUCCUUCAGCAGGGAGACAUAGGGGAAUCCUGUGAACCCUACAUGGUCAUGAAAGAGUCUGACUCAUCAAAGCACAAGGAGAAGCUGGAGAAGCUGCGUCAGCAGGCGGAGACGUCGUGUAGCAGGCUGGGGAGGUACAGGAUGCCCUUCGCCUGGACGGCCAUCCACCUGGUCAACAUCGUCAGCAGUGUAGGGGGGCUGGAGCGCUCCGACCCCGACUCUGACUCUGAGCGGAAAGGCCAUGGAACAUGGAACGAGAGAAAGAAGAAAGGGUUUGAGCGGAUGAGUGUAGGAGAGGACAUGUGUAACUUUGCCACCUUCCGUCCAGCCACUCUCACAGUCACCAACUUCUUCAAACAGGAGGGGGACAGGCUGAGUGAUGAAGACCUCUACAAGUUUCUGGCAGACAUGCGCAGACCAUCCUCUGUCCUACGCAGACUGAGACCUGUCACGGCCCAGUUGAAGAUAGACAUCUCUCCAGCCCCAGACUCUCCUCACUACUGCCUGUCUCCUGAGCUGCUCCAUGUCAAGCCCUACCCUGACCUGAGGGUGCGCCCCACCAAGGAGGUGCUGGAGUUCCCUGCCCGCUAUGUCUACACCCCUCACACCACCUACAGGAACCUGCUGUAUAUCUACCCCCAGAGCCUGAACUUCAGCAGUCGGCAGGGCUCAGUCAGGAACAUUGCUGUCAAGGUGCAGUUCAUGGCAGGAGAGGAUCCCAGUCUGGCCAUGCCGGUGAUCUUUGGGAAAUCCAGCUGUGCUGAGUUCUUCACGGAGGCUUAUUCACCCGUCAUCUACCAUGACAAGUCUCCAGAGUUCUAUGAGGAGGUGAAGAUGAAGAUUCCAGCCAAUCUGACAGACAACCACCACCUCCUGUUCACCUUCUACCACAUCAGCUGUCAGCCCAAACAGAACACGCCCCUGGAGACCCCUGUGGGAUACACCUGGAUUCCUCUGAUGCAACAUGGCCGCCUACGGACCGGUUCCUUCAGUCUGCCCGUCUCUGUGGAGAAACCACCACCCAGCUACUCCGUCCUCACCCCUGACGUGCAGCUUCCAGGCAUGAAGUGGGUGGAUAAUCACAAGCAGGUGUUCAAUGUGGAGGUGACAGCUGCCUCCUCAGUUCACACUCAGGACCCCCACCUGGAUAAGUUCUUCACCCUGUGUUAUGUCCUGGAGGAGUACUCGUUCCCGUUUCGUCUGAAGGACUGUAUCAUCAGUGAGUCCAACGUGGAGGGUGAGCUGAAGGCCAGCAUGACCGGCCUGGGGGGGGCGCUACUCGACACCUGCGUCCGCUUCCUCCACCAGCUGCUCUCCAAACUCAUCCUGCUCAUCGUCCACCCGCCCGUCAUCGCAGGACAGAUCGUGAACCUGGGCCGUGCAGCGUUCGAGGCCAUGUCCCUGCUGGUCAACCAGAUCCAUAAGAACCUGGAGGGGAACCAGGACCAGCAUGGCAGGAACAACCUUCUGGCCUCCUACAUCCACUACUGCUUCCACCUGCCCACUGCUGAACCUGCCAUGCCCCCUACUGGGGGUGCCACCCCGGCCUACGAGCUGCCUAUCCAGUACGCCACGUUGUCCAGGGCAACGGCCCGCCCCAGCACCCUGCACUUGGCCCGCUCCAAGAGCAUCAGUAACUCCAACCCUGACCUGGCCAGCACCCCCACGUCACCUGACGAGGAGGUGCAGAGGAUCAUCGGCAGCAAGGGGAUAGACCGCUCCCACUCCUGGGUAAACUCUGCUUAUGCCCCCGGGGGCUCCAGAGCUGUGCUACGCCGGAACCCCAACUUCACCUGUGAGCUCAAGCAGGCAAGUGAUCGUGGCUGCAAUCGCAUGUCUGCCUUUGUGGACAGCGCCACCUUCUGUUCAGCUCCAACAAGACAGAUUGCCAAGAAGCUGCUCCAUGAGGAGCUGGCACUACAGUGGGUGGUGAGCACCAGCACAGUGAGGGAGGCGGCACUGCAACAGGCCUGGUUCUUCUUCCAGCUCAUGACGAAGAGUAUGUCCCACCACCUGUUCCUGUGCUCCCGGAUAGACCUUCCCAGACGCCAGCGCUUCCCAGACCGCUUUGUGGAUGACAUCGCUGCUCUAGUGGGGGCUAUCAGUGCUGAUGUAGCGGGGCGAUACCACAAGGAUGUGGAGCUUGUGGAGAGGUUGAACAGCAGUCUGGCCUUCUUCCUGAAUGACCUGCUGUCUCUCAUGGACCGGGGUUUUGUCUUCAACCUCAUCCGCUCCUACUACAAACAGAUUGCCAACAAGUUCCACACAGCCCAGAACCCCAGCUCUCUGACUGCUCUGAGAAUGGACUUCACCCGCAUUGUGUGCAGCCAUGAGCACUACGUCACCCUCAACCUACCAUGCUCCACCCUCAGCCCCCCGCCUCGCCCUCCCCCCUCCACCUCCUCCACCACCUCCCAGGGUUCAGCGUUCUCCAGUAUGCACCAGGACCAGGGUGUGGCCAGUAUGUUUGAGCUCUCCGUCCCCUUCAGACAGCAACACUUCCUGUCUGGCCUGCUGCUGACUGAACUAUCCCUCAUCCUGGAGCCUGAUGGGGAGGGGGUGUUUUUCCUGCAUAAGAAGGCCAUCAGUGCAGUCCACUCUCUGAUGUGCAGUCAUGAUGCGGACCCUCGCUAUACGGACCCCCAGGUGCGAACCCACAUCGCCCAGCUCUACCUGCCCCUCAUCCCCAUCGUCAUGGACACCCUACCCCAGCUCCAUGACUUCACAGACACUUCUCCCGCCCGGGGCCGCCACGCCCCCGCUAUGCAAGACGAUGGGGACCCAGACAACGGAACCAUCAGUCAGUCUGUCGCCAUGGCGAUCGCUGGCUCCCCGCUGCCGCAUGCCAAAGCCCCCAACUUCACCAUGCCCACGGUGGCUGGUCGUCAGUGCAGCUCUCUGUCGGCAGAGUGCAGUAGGACUCUGCUAGUGUCUUUCCUGUGGGUCCUGAAGAACGCAGACGCUGCGCUGCUGGAGAGCUGGGUGUCGGACCUCUCUGUGCUGCAGAUCAACAGGCUGCUAGACCUGCUGCACCUCUCGGUGUCCUGCUUCGAGUACAAGGGGAAGAAGGCUCUGGAGCGUAUCAACAGCCUGACGUUUAAGAAGUCUCAGGACAUGAAGGCCCGUCUAGAGGAGGCCAUACUGGGAACCAUCGGAGCCCGACAGGAGAUGGUCCGUCGCUGCAGAGAGCGGAGUCCAUAUGGCAAUGAGAAUGUCAGAUGGCGGAAGAACGUCACUCACUGGAGACAGAACACAGACCGAGUCGACAAAACUAAGGCGGAGACGGAGCAGGAGUCCGUGGUGGAUGGAAACCUGGCCACUGAAGCCUCUCUGGUCGUCCUGGACACGCUGGAGAUCAUAGUGAAGACGGUGCUGGCGUCGGAGCUGAAGGAGAGUGUUUUGGGAGGGGUGUUGAGAGUCCUCCUCCACAGCAUGGCAGGGAGUCAGAGUGCCCUCUUCCUGCAGCACUGCUUCACUACACAGAGGGGACUGGUCUUUAAGUUCCCAGAGAUGCUGUUUGAGGAGGACACAGAGCUGUGUGCUGACCUGUGUCUGCGUCUGCUCCGCCACUGCAGCAGCAGUGUGGGCUCUGUCCGGAGUCAGGCCUCCGCCUCCCUCUACCUGCUGAUGAGGCAGAACUUUGAGAUCGGCAACAACUUUGCCCGGGUGAAGAUGCAGGUCACCAUGUCCCUGUCCUCCCUGGUGGGGACAUCUCAGAACUUCAACGAGGAGCACCUCCGACGUUCCCUAAAAACCAUCCUGACCUACGCAGAGGAGGACCUGGAGCUACGGGACUCCCCGUUCCCAGAACAGGUCCAGGAUCUGGUCUUCAAUCUGCACAUGAUUCUGACUGACACAGUCAAGAUGAAGGAGCACCAGCAGGACCCUGAGAUGCUCAUUGAUCUCAUGUACAGGAUCGCCAAGGGCUACCAGAAUUCCCCUGACCUGCGCCUGACGUGGCUGCAGAACAUGGCGGGGAAGCACUCGGAGAGAGGGAACCACGCGGAGGCAGCCCACUGCCUGGUGCACAGCGCCGCCCUGGUGGCAGAGUACCUCAACAUGCUGGAGGACUGCCGCUACCUGCCCAUUGGCUGUGUCACCUUCCAGCACAUCUCAUCUAAUGUUCUGGAGGAGUCAGCGGUGUCUGAUGACAUCCUGUCCCCGGAGGAGGAGGGUAUCUGUGCGGGGAAGUACUUCAGCGAGGUGGGGCUGGUGGGGCUGCUGGAGCAAGCUGCCACCUCCUUCCACAUGGCUUCCAUGUACGAGGCCAUCAACGAGGUGUAUAAGAUCCUACUCCCGGUCCACGAGGCCAACAGAGACUUCAAGAAGCUGGCUACUGUCCAUGGAAAGUUGCAGGAUGCCUUUAACAAAAUCUACAACCAGAGUUCUGGAUGGGAGAGGAUGUUUGGGACCUACUUCCGGGUGGGCUUCUACGGCUGUCGCUUUGGGGACCUGGAUGAGCAGGAGUUUGUGUACAAGGAGCCCUCUAUCACCAAGCUGGCUGAGAUCUCCUACAGACUAGAGGAGUUCUAUGCUGAGCGGUUUGGAGAUGAUGUGGUGGAGAUUAUCAAGGACUCCAACCAUGUGGACAAGAACAAGCUGGACCCCAAUAAGGCCUACCUCCAGAUCACCUACGUGGAGCCCUUCUUCGACACAUACGAGCUGAAGGAGAGGAUCACCUACUUCGACAAGAACUACAACCUGCGCACCUUCAUGUACUGCACCCCCUUCACCUUGGACGGGCGCGCCCACGGGGACCUGCACGAGCAGUACAAACGCAAGUCCAUCCUCACCACGUCCCACGCUUUCCCCUACAUCAAGACACGCGUCAACGUCAUCCACAAAGAGGAGAUCAUCCUGGUGCCCAUGGAGGUGGCUAUAGAGGACAUGCAGAAGAAGACCCAGGAGCUGGCCUUCGCUACCCACCAGGAGCCUGCCGACGCCAAGAUGCUACAGAUGGUGCUGCAGGGCUCUGUGGGCACUACUGUCAACCAGGGCCCUCUGGAGGUGGCCCAGGUCUUUCUCUCUGACAUUCCUGAUGACCCCAAGCUGUACCGUCAUCACAACAAACUACGCCUCUGCUUUAAAGACUUCACUAAGAGGUGUGAGGAUGCCCUGAGGAAGAACAAGACUCUGAUUGGUCCAGACCAGAAAGAGUACCACAAGGAAAUGGAGAGGAACUACAAUAAGCUGAAAGAGUCUCUGGGACCUCUCAUCACCCGCAAGAUCCCCCAGCUCUACAGGACACUGCCGGCUGCAGGGCUUCAGUCUGCUACACAAAGAAAUUCCUUCAGUAGGUCCAGUCUCCGCAGGGGGGACUGUUGAAAGCACAGCAGACGUCGGCAACGGAGUGGAAACCGAGAGCUUGAGACAUACUCUUGAUUUCAGCUGGUCUGUCUGUCUCCCCCACCCCUUCACACACCAACAGUCUAUCCUCAACACUCACACCAUCCUCCUCCAUCUCCCUAGCUUGUUAUUCCAACCCCCCCCCCCCCCUCUCUGUCUCUCACACUCCUAUAGGAAAAGCUCCCUCUGUUUAUACUGGAAGUUUAUCUGCACUGUAAACAUAGUCGUUUGGACCAUCUCUCUUUGUCCUGGGCAUUCACAAAGACCAGCUUUCAGGAGGAGUCUCUCCGCAUUGAGGAGGAGCCAGAAUGAUGCCUCUCCCUCUCUGUUCAUCUGCGCUCAGUUUAAAUGUAGCUUUUCCUGAACUGGAGGAUCCAAAACUGCUCCUGGGCGCUUCCCUAAUUGUGUGUUUGUUUUGGGCCACGUUUGAAUGUGUGCGCUUGGAAGUUUGUGUUUGAGUGUGUGUCUUGCCCCGACUGCACAGGAUAUAGGCUUCUUUCCAUUUGCUUGUGUGUGUGUGUCAUGUUUGCUGUGGACGGGGCCUGGGUGGUUACACUGUGUGGUCUAGCAGGCCUGUUUCGCGGCCUUAGUGAAUUUGUGUGUGAUUAUUUUUUUGGUGGGGGACCAGUUGCUGCCAGACGUAGUCAUUAAAUGUUCCCAGGGAGUCGUUCUGUAACCAACGAUCCUCAUACCAAAUAACUGACAUUCUUUCACUACUGACUUCUCCCUUUCAUACACCCUGUAUCAGGACAGGAAUUCAUUAUGAAGAAGUAUGACAUUUUGAUCAUUAGAGGCCCGCCUGCUCUAGAUCAACAUACAAUGGACACAUUGUAGGUUGGAGAGAUAUGGCUUUGGGGAAGAGAAGGGAGCCUUACAAAUGGCCUCUGGUGACACUGUGAAAUGUUGUUUUUUUCCUGCACUGACCAAAAACACUGUCGCAUCACUGAUGUUCACAUGGUGAGCACUGCUAGACUGGCAGUGACAUUUUCUCUGUCGUUCUGUCGUUCUGUCUCUCUGUCUCUCUGUGUGUGGACAAACACUCCACAUGUUCUGGAAUGAAUCUUCAACCCUGUGGUUGGUGGAAACAUAUAAUGUAGGUCUUUUUAACUACUGUAUUGGACUGCGUCUCCUUUAUUGUAUUGCACUAUACUGUAUUCACACUGCCGCACCUACGUACCAACGUCUGUAACUACUGUAUUUCCUCUGUUUAUUGUAUUUUCACAAGGCUUGUCUAAAACUGCAUUUUUUUACCAGUCAGGAAAAUAACUACUUUUUUUAUUUAUUCACUUUUUUUUUUUUUUGUACUGCUUUCUAUUAAAAUGUUCUCUCAAUCGUAACAGUCUGCUUUUAUCAGUGCUGAUUAAUAUACAAUGUAUUGGGAAAGUAUUCAGACCCCUUGACUUUUUCCACCAUUUGUUACGUUUACAGCCUUGUUCUAAAAGAAAAUCAAAUUGUUUUGUCCCUUUUCAACCUACACACAAUACCUCAUAUUGACAAAGAAAAAAUGGUUUUGAUCAAUUUUUGCAAAUUUAUCAAAUAAAAAAAACAUGGAAAUAUGA